CAGCCUGCGUGCGGCUCUGCGCCUCGGCGGGGCUGCGUGCGUGUGUCCCUGUCCGCGCUGCUGAAACGGGCUCUUCGAGGGAUUGGCGUCAUAUGACUCCGCCUGCUGCCCCCUGCCAACGCUCAGACCGCCCUUCCCUCAGUUCGCUGAGGGAGGGUCGCGCGACAGCCCCAGGGGCCCCGCGGCUCUGCGGAGGGAAGAGCUUUCAGCAAGGAGGGGUCCACCUAGGAGCUCAGCGGCAGAUCUCAAAGUGUAGAUCUUGAAGGGGCGGGGUGAGAGAGAGCGAGAGGGCGGGGGAGAGAGCGAGAGCGAGCGAGAGAGAGAGGGAGCGUUCAGAGAGCGCCAGAGAACGGCAGAGCGGCGCGCACCGACGAGAGGCAGUCGGGUGCCUCUUGGAGAUGUUUAGUGCGUGAGGUCUCUCUGGCCUCCAAGCACCAUGCAGAAAGCCAUCCGACUGAACGAUGGCCACGCCGUCUCCCUGGGACUGCUGGCCCUGAGAGACGGCACGCGCAAAGGCUACCUGAGCAAGAGGAGUUCGGACAACCCAAAAUGGCAAACCAAGUGGUUUGCGCUGCUGCAGAACCUGCUCUUCUACUUCGAAAGUGACACGAGCUCUCGGCCCUCGGGGCUCUACCUGCUGGAGGGCAGUAUCUGCAAACGCACGCCCUCCCCCAAGCGAGGGACCUCCUCCAAGGAGUCCGACAAACAGCAUCAUUACUUCACAGUGAGCUUCUCCAAUGACAACCAGAAGUCCCUAGAGCUGAGGACCGAUGACUCCAAGGACUGUGACGAGUGGGUGGCAGCGAUUGCUCGCGCCAGCUACAAGAUACUGGCCACAGAGCAUGAGGCGCUCAUGCAGAAGUACCUGCACCUGCUGCAGGUGGUGGAGACAGAGAAGACCGUGGCUAAGCAGCUGCGACAGCAGCUCGAAGAUGGCGAGGUCGAGAUCGAGCGCCUGAAGGCAGAGAUUGCAAACCUGAUCAAGGACAAUGAACGUAUCCAGUCCAACCAGCUGGUUGCCCCUGAGGAUGAGGACGACGACAUCAAGAAAAUUAAGAAGGUACAGAGCUUCCUUCGCGGAUGGCUGUGCCGGCGAAAGUGGAAGAACAUCAUCCAGGACUACAUCCGGUCUCCUCACGCCGACAGCAUGCGCAAGAGGAACCAGGUGGUGUUCAGCAUGCUGGAAGCUGAGGCCGAGUACGUGCAGCAACUACACAUCCUUGUCAACAAUUUUCUGCGCCCACUGCGCAUGGCCGCCAGCUCUAAGAAACCCCCUAUAACACAUGACGACGUCAGCAGCAUCUUUCUGAACAGUGAGACCAUCAUGUUCCUGCACCAGAUCUUCUACCAAGGCCUGAAGGCCCGUAUCGCCAGCUGGCCCACCCUGGUGCUGGCGGACCUGUUCGACAUCCUGCUGCCAAUGCUUAACAUCUACCAGGAGUUCGUCCGCAACCACCAGUACAGUCUCCAGAUCCUAGCACACUGCAAGCAAAACCGGGACUUUGACAAGCUCCUCAAGCAGUAUGAGGCCAAGCCGGACUGCGAGGAGCGCACUCUGGAGACCUUCCUCACCUAUCCGAUGUUCCAGAUCCCCAGGUACAUCCUGACACUCCAUGAGCUGCUGGCCCACACACCUCAUGAGCAUGUGGAGCGCAACAGCCUGGACUAUGCCAAAUCCAAACUAGAGGAGCUGUCCAGGGUCAUGCACGACGAAGUCAGUGAGACCGAGAACAUCCGCAAAAACCUGGCCAUUGAGCGUAUGAUCACCGAGGGCUGUGAGAUCCUCCUCGACACCAGCCAGACCUUCGUGCGCCAAGGUUCCCUCAUCCAGGUGCCCAUAUCAGAAAAGGGCAAGAUCAACAAGGGCCGCCUGGGGUCUCUGUCCCUUAAGAAAGAAGGUGAGCGUCAGUGUUUCCUGUUCUCCAAGCAUCUCAUCAUCUGCACCAGAGGCUCUGGCAGCAAACUGCACCUGACCAAGAAUGGCGUGAUUUCCCUCAUUGACUGCACUCUACUGGAUGAUCCAGAAAACAUGGAUGAUGACGGUAAAGGACAAGAGGUAGAUCACCUGGACUUUAAGAUUUGGGUGGAGCCAAGGGAUUCCCCACCCUUCACAGUCAUCCUGGUGGCCUCAUCCAGGCAGGAGAAGGCGGCAUGGACCAGUGACAUCAUCCAGUGCGUGGAUAAUAUCCGCUGCAACGGGCUCAUGAUGAAUGCCUUUGAGGAAAAUUCCAAGGUCACCGUGCCGCAGAUGAUCAAGUAAGUGCCCUUAACCUGU